AUGGCACGGACCGAAGGUAACGGUCACUGUGCGGCUCUUCCAGCGAACGAUCACCGAGAUCACGAAGUUGCGAAGAUCGCCGCCAGAGGUAACAUCUCGUCGCCAGCCUUCGCCCCGGAAACGCCUUCACGGAGCCAAGCAGUCAGGACAGGAAAAUCGAGCCCUAGAAUCUCGGGUCCAGAAGUCCAAGGGCCGCACCCUCUACGCAGCCACGCCCUUUCCGAAGGGCCGGCAAGAGACUUUAGCGCAUCGGAUUCGUUUGGUGCGGCGGUCGAGGUAGCAGCUCGAGACCAGCGCGCACGGAUCGGCGGAGCGGAGAGGAUGGCGGAAGGGGGAGCAGAAGCGGGAGCGGAGAUGGGAGCGGAGUGGGGAGCGGAGAGAAGGGCGGAGGGGGAAGCCAAGGGGCCCACGGAGGGGGAAGCGGAAGUUAGGGCGGCGGAGGGCGGCGGUAGCACCUCGAGUCGAAGCCGGCAGGUGCUGAUUCGGGUGAAGCGGAAGCGCGGGGAGGCGUCAUCUGACGUGAUCGUGGUGGAGGCGGCACCUAGGGGCGGUAGAACCAAGGUUGCGCGCAGCCACGUGGAGGCCCUCCGCGCGCUGAGUCUUGGAGGGGGCGGCGGAGGCGGGAACGAACGGGAUGCGCCGGAGGCGCGGGAGGGAAGGGGAAGCGCGGUCGAGGAGGCAAAGGCUGUGGAGGGUCGAAGAGAAGACGCGUCUGCUUCCACUGCUCCACGUGCGUCGCCGCUCCUUUCUUCCCCCGCCCUUCCCCCUUUUUCGCAACCGCAGCCUCCCCCGCCCUCCGCGUAUCAUACUUCCCCAUCCCCCUCGGUUCCUUCCUGUCUUCCGCUGCUCUUCUCUCCCCCCGUCUCCGAUCCUCUUCCCGCUCCCUCACCCCCCGCUCCUUUUUCUCCCUUUCUACCGCCCCCCCGUUCCCCCACCCCUGCGCCCCCUUACCCCCUCCCCUUCCCCGCAUCUGAUCCCGCUUUGAUGCAGCGCCCGCGCGCGGGGGCGGGGCGGCGGGGCGGCGGCUGGUGUUCCGGCGGGUGGGGUCCAUGCCAGCAAGUGCGGGCAGCGGAGGAAGAAGCUGCUAGGAAGGCCAAGAGGAGAGAGCAGGCACUCAGGGAGCGCGAGGAAAGGGAGGGACAGCUGGCGUGCAACUACCUGCCCUUGCUGAGGGAGUUCCUCCCAGAGGCCGCACGGGAGAUGGAGGAGAAGAUGCUGCAGCCGCAGAGAGGCAUUGCUGCUGAUGCUGCCACAGCGCAAUCAGGUCCGCAAGAAUCUAUCAUGCCACAGCAGCAAUCUGAGCAGGAGCAGCAGGACACGGAUUCAGAUGAUGUGUGCGACCUGUACUGCAUGGAGGGGUGCCUCUCUGAUGAUGAUGACGACAUGGAUGGGCCGCUUGGCUCGUACCUCCGCCACCACUCUGCACCGUACCCAACUCUGCGCAUAUGUGACAACCAUGUGUUUGACGAGAGUGGGGAGCCGUUUGCUCUCAACAAUGGGGAGGUGCUUCUUUCAGAGCCCGACAGUGACGACUCCAAUGCGGAGAACAACCCUCUCAACGACUACGGGGAUGAGGAGGAGGAGGAGGCGGACGAUGAUGACGAGGACGAGGGCAUGUGUGGUGCAGCAGACGCUGAUGGUGAUGAUGAUUAUGACUACGAUGAGUACGAAGAGUAUGAGCGCUAUGCUGGCCGGGAUGAAAAUGAUGAUGAUGACGACGACUUUUGA